AUGUUACCCCAAUUUGGAUUUAUUGUAGCUCAAGCAGGGGCGGAUUCUCAUACAACACCACCGCCUACGACAACAUCAUCAGCAACAACAAAUGGCUCUUCUUUGGCCCCUUUAUUAACUAGUUCACACAAACCAGCCAUGUUUACAACUCAAGCGCCCUUCUAUUCACGUCAACCUUCACCUGCACCAACCAAUAAUAACACCGCUCUUUUACCCCCACUCUUACCUCCACCCGUUCCCUAUUUGUAUAACAAACUAGAUCAUCCUUGGUAUUCCCAACAGCAACAACAGAACCUACCUCCACCUCCACCCAUCUCAAGUUUCUCUCGAUAUGCACCGCAACCGCAACCGCAACCACAACCGCAACAACCACAGCCGGCGACGUCUGUUUCAAGCGUACAGAGACAAGAAAUAAUAGAGGAAGAAGAAGAAGAGGAAGAGGAAGAAGAACUGUUAGACAGAUGGCAGGGCCAGUAUAAUGAUUUGAUCACUUGGAUGGAUAAUGAGUUUUGGGAACAAGCAGAUGACAUCUAUCAAGAAAAAAUAAACAAUCUGCAGCAAGAGUUUUACAACCUGCAGAAAGGGACACAUACCGUCUAUCAAGAAAUGAUUGCAGACUUUGAAUUAGAGAGAGAGAAGACAAUUACGAACGCUGAAUACAUGAUGAAAUAUGAAUUAUCUUUUAUUGAACGUUAUUUUAAUAAGGACGUUAUGACCUUGGAAGAAGAAUAUGAGGCUGAGAAAAGGCAAAUUGAAGAAAGUUUAAUUGCUUCUCUGGAAGACAAGCGGAGGCAAAUCAAAGAGGAUCAUGAACAAGAUGAAGCAAGAACGAUCAAACGUAAUCUAAGAAAAAGAAAUCACGAUUCACUGAGUACAUCAAGUUCAAUAAAAGAACCUUCUUCCAAAAAACGUGCAGUGCGCCCAAGUACAUUACCUAAUCUAUAUACAAUAUCAGCAAUUGAAGAAGAAGAACUAGAAAAUGAAUUUUUAAGUAUGAAAAAGCUGGUGAAUAUUUAUUCUCGGUGA